AUGAGAGUGAGGAAAAAAACUUUGGUGUUUGCCAUAACAUCAUUCAUUCUUUUCUAUAUAUUUUAUGGGAAUGUAUCCAACAAACGGGGGAACAAUACAAUCUUAGAAAAAGCUGGUUGGUUACAACCGAAUUUUUAUUUCCAAGGAGAUGAAGUAGAACUGAUCGUUAAUAAAGUGGAAUCUGAUUUGACUCAGCUACCGUAUGCAUACUAUGAUUUGCCAUUUACUUGUCCGCCCACUAUGCAUAAGAAACCUCUACAUUUAUCGUUAAAUGAGAUCAUUCGUGGUGAUCGUAAAUGGCAAAGUGACUACAUUUUAAAAUUUGGUCAAGAUGACACAUGUCAUAUUUUAUGUACCAGAAAAACAACAAAGGAAGGGUUGAAAAAUGCAAAAAAAUUGGUGGAAGAUGGAUAUGUUGUUCAGUGGUUAAUUGAUGAAGAAUUACCAGCUGCAACCACGUUUAUCUCUACGAUCGAUCAAAAGAAAUAUUAUGCAUCAGGCUUCCCACUAGGCUUUGUUGACCCAGAUACAGGGAAAGUUUAUUUGAAUACACAUGUCAUGUUAGUUAUUAGAUAUAAUACUGUUGAUGUGAAUAAGCAUACAAUAGUUGGUUUUGAAGUUUAUCCUAAAUCUGUAUCUGAUUUCCAUUGUCCCGGUGCAUCAAAAAACUAUGAACCGUAUGAGAUAGUUAUUCCUGAAAAUGAUGAUGAUUUAACAUUUAUCCCCUUUACUUAUUCUGUAUAUUGGAGAGAAGAAUACUUGGUUGAUUGGGACCAUAGAUGGGAUUUAUAUUUAAAUAGUGGUGAAUUAUCGGAGAAUAAGACGACGCAAUUCCAUUGGAUUAGUCUUGCUAACUCCGCUGGUAUUGUCUUUCUAAUGUCAUUCGUUGUAAGUGUCAUACUAUUAAGGAGUUUCAAGUCAUCUAGAGAUAUAUCUACUGAUAUCAAUAAGAGUGAGGAACAUCGUAACGGUUUAGUUUAUGAGGUUGCUAGAAAUUGGAUAAUAAAUGAACGAACUCCUCUAGCUAAUUUACUGAUACUAUUUGUUUCAAUGGGUGUACAAUUCCUUUUCACUGUGUUAGGUUCCUUAACGAUAUCAUGCUCAUUAAAUAAAUUACAUGACAUCGGGGACUCUGUACUAACAAUGGCUGUUUUAUGUUUUGUUCUUGGUGCAUUUAUGUCCUCUUAUAUUGGAUCCGUACUAUUACGAUUGAAAAACAAAGCUACAAUGAAGAAACAACCUAUCAAGAAAGGCUUCCAUCUAUUUUUCGCUAUCCUAUGUGGUUCAUUUUUACCAGGUAUCGUCAUGAUAGUUACAUUAUUGUUAAAUUCGAUUGUUUGGGCACACGAUUCUACUCAUGCGUUACCAUUCAAGACAGUAGUUAUGUUUAUUACUGUCUAUUUCAUUGUAUGUAUUCCAUUGAGUAUACUAGGUGGUUAUAUGGCGAAUAGUUCCAAAACAAAAGGGAGCCUAACUGAUCCUAAAUUCCAUACUAGUAGGCCCGAGUUAGAGCUUUUUGCUAAUAAACUGAAACCCAAGAAACAUAUAUUCUUGUUUGGGGCUAGAUUGAAAUCAAUCAAGAUUGCAUUACCAAUAUUAUUAAGUGGUAUAUUCCCAUUUGUCAUAAUAUACGUUGAAUUGCAAUAUGUUUACAAAUCAGUCUGGUUAGAGAAGACGGCAUUUUAUUAUUUCUAUGGAUUUUUGUUCGCUAAUAUUUUAUUAUUAUGUAUAGUUGUUGGAGAAAUUGCAAUUAUAGGGACAUAUACAAUGUUACAUAUGGCUGAUAGGAAUAAUACCGAUUGGAGAUGGAUAAGUUUUUUCAUGGGGAGUAGUUGUGCAUGGUAUAUGGAACUAUAUUCAUUAUAUUAUGUUUUCUUUAUCCUCAAUAUCCGUGGAUUCUCAUCUAUUUUCAUUUCCGUUUGUUACGGUGCUUUAUUUAAUACAUUAUGUGGUUGUGCUAUGGGAUCUAUUGCAUCUUUGACAAGUCAUUUCUUCGUUGAAAAACUUUAUCGUUACAAAUUUCAAGAUUAUGCAGAUUAG